AUGAUCACUGAGGAAGACAACCUGUGUUUUGAAGCAGAACCUACCAAAGAAGAGGUGAAGGCAGUGAUCUUCCAAUUAAAUAGUGAAAGUGCAGGCGGACCUGAUGGAUUUACUGGUGUUUUCUAUCAAGCUUGCUGGGAAAUCAUUGAAGAAGAUGUCACCAAUAUGAUGAAAGCUUUCUUUUGUGGUGCAGAAUUGCCCAGGUUUAUCACCCAUACUAACUUAAUCUUAAUACCAAAGAAAGAUAUUGUUAACACUUUCUCUGAUAUGAGACCAAUUAGUUUGAGCAAUUUUGUGAACAAAAUCUUCUCUAGAUUGAUCCAUGAGAGAUUGGUUUCCAAACUAACUAAUAAUAUAUCCCUCAAUCAAGCUGGUUUUAUUAAAAACAGAAGUAUAGUGGAGAAUAUUCUAUUGACUCAAGAAAUUAUCUCUGACAUAAGGCUAAGAACUAAAGAUGCAAAUGUUAUAAUGAAGUUGGAUAUGGCAAAAGCUUAUGACAGGGUAUCUUGGAUUUUCUUAACCAAAGUACUUAGAAAAAUGGGUUUUUCAGAAAGGAGUAUAGACAUAAUCUAUAGGAUUGUUAGCAAUAACUGGUACUCAGUGUUGAUAAAUGGUCAACAACAAGGAUUUUUUAAAUCUACCAGAGGAGUAAAGCAAGGGGACCCUCUCUCCCCUACCCUAUUUAUUUUAGCAGCAGAAGUCCUAUCAAGGAGUUUAAAUGCAUUGCAUCAAAACUCUCAGUUUAAGGGCUUUGGAAUGCCUAAAUGGAGUCCAAAAAUAAAUCAUCUUGCAUAUGCAGAUGACAUGAUUAUCUUUACCUCAGCAGAUGUGGUGUCUCUACAAAAAAUAAUGGGAAUUUUGAGAAACUAUGAGCAGACUUCUGGGCAAAAGAUAAACAUGGACAAGAGUGCUGUCUAUAUGCAUAAUAGAGUAUCAGGUGACAUCAGUAUCACAGUUGAGAUUGUAACUGGCAUCAAUAGAAGAGAAUUCCCUUUUAUAUAUUUGGGCUGCCCUAUUUACCACUGUAGAAGAAAAAAGGAAUUCUUUAAUACUUUGACCCUUAAAAUUAUGAAUAGACUUCAAGGAUGGAAAGGAAAAAUGUUAUCUUUUGGAGGAAGGGCAAUUCUUAUUAAACAUGUUUUGCAAAGCAUGCCAAUACACAUAUUAUCAGCUAUUAACCCCCCUAUUGGAAUCAUCAGACAAAUACACAAGAUGUUUGCUCAGUUUUUUUGGAGCAAUACUAUUGGGAGCAAGAGUAGACAUUGGGUGGCUUGGAAUAAGGUGUGUAUUCCAACCAUAGAAGGAGGCCUAGGUUUUAGAUCACUUCAUGAUGUCUCAUUGGCACUGUUUUGUAAACUUUGGUGGAACUUCAGGACAAAAUCUACCUUAUGGAGUGAUUAUAUGACUAACAAAUAUUGUAGGAAGGAACAUGCUAUAGUGGUACAGUGGAAACAGGGGUCACAGACAUGGAAAAAAAUGCUAGAAGCCAGGGACCUAAUAGAACACCAAAUUUGGUGGCAAACUAGGAAAGGGGAUUCACUUUUCUGGUUUGAUAACUGGACUGGAUUGGGAGCCCUGUACUAUGUAAAUCCAAGGAAUACCUAUGAUACAAGAAUUCAAAAUGUCAAAGAAAUGACAGAACAAGGGAGAUGGAAUAGAAGAAAACUGAUGGAAGUACUCACUGAAGACAUUGUUGAUCAUAUCAUCGAUAAUAUAUCCACACCCAGGGAAGAAAGAGAUUGUGAUAGACCUUGUGCCAUCAAUCAUAAUAUGGGAAUUAUGGAAGAGACGAAAUGGUAUCAAACAUGGGCUAGGAAGGUUAAUAGCUCAGUUAUUCAUCUAGUCCUAAUCUCCAUCCAAAGACUAGUUCUUUACAGAAACCCCUCAAUUAGAACUAUCCCUAUUGGGUGGGAAAAUCUGGUGCAUAUAUUGGAGGAAGGCAAAGCAAGAAUGAAGGUAAAGCAAGUCAGAUGGAAUUUCCCUCCACAAGGUUGGUGUGCUUGCAACACUGAUGGAGCCUCUAGAGGUAACCCAGGGAGGAGUGCCUAUGGUUUUUGUGUGAGAAAUGCACAAGGAAAUCUAAUAUAUGCUCAAGCAGGGGAAAUUGGUUAUGCCACCAAUAUAGAAGCAGAAAUUGUGGCUCUACUGGAAGCCCUGAAGUAUUGUAAGCAGCAAGGACUUAACAACAUUAUUUUUCAGACAGACUCACAAACUAUACAAAAUAUUUUAACUGGAGAUUGGAAACCUCCAUGGAUUAUAGCAGACUGGAUACAACAAGUGGAGGAAUACAAGAGGGAUUUGGAUGUCCUUUUCAAACAUACCCUACGAGAAGCAAAUAAAUUGGCAGAUGCUUUAGCCAACUAUGCUUUAGACGAAGGACCAAUGCAAUGUUACUUGUUUAAGGAUUUGACGGUGCACAUGAGAAGAAUCCUAAACAGUGAUAAAAGUCAAAUCCCUUAUCUAAGAAUUAAGAAAUUCUGA